ACAUACAUAUACAUACAAACGACAAGAAUCAGGAACCCGCCCCUCUUAAACCCCUUUCCCAAACAACCCCCUCCCUCCUUUUUGAUCUCCUUCUUCUUGUAAAUCCUUCAAUUCUUUUCAUUUUUUCCCCUUCUUUUUCAAGGAUCAGCAAUCAAUUAUUCUUAUUCUAAGGUAGAGAUUUAUUUAUACGUGUACAGAUUCUAGUUGUUUUGUUGAUGGGUUGGCUUAGCAGAAUUUUUAAAGGCUCCAACCAUGAAGUUUCGGAAGGGGAUUACAAUUGGAGAUAUGAAGACAAUACAGCAUCAAUGGGUGAUCAUCCUUCUACAUCAUGGCAGGAUCCACAGUCUGAAAUAGAAGACAUUGACCGUGCCAUUGCAAUCUCACUUGCAGAAGAAGAUGGGAGAGGGAAACGUAUAAUCAGUGACGAUUCUCAACUAAAGGAAGAUGAACAACUUGCAAGGGCUCUACAAGAAAGUUUAAAAGUGGUGUCGCCACCUAGACACAGAAAUGUCAAUACAAAUAUAAAUGGAAAUGGAAAUAUAUAUCAACCUAUACCUUUCCCAUAUGCAACAGGAUUCAGGAUUUGUGCUGGUUGUAAUUAUGAGAUUGGUCAUGGAAGAUUUUUAAGUUGCAUGAACGGUGUUUGGCAUCCUGAAUGUUUUAGAUGUCAUGCCUGUAACCAACCCAUUGCAGACUAUGAGUUUUCCAUGUCGGGAAAUUAUCCUUAUCACAAGUCUUGCUACAAGGAGCACUAUCAUCCAAAGUGUGAUGUUUGCCGGAAUUUUAUUCCAACAAACGCUGCCGGCCUUAUUGAAUAUAGAGCACAUCCAUUCUGGGCCCAGAAAUAUUGCCCAUUUCAUGAGCAUGAUGGGACUCCUAGAUGCUGCAGCUGUGAACGGAUGGAGCCACGUGAAUCAAGCUAUGCCUCUCUGAAUGAUGGUCGGAAACUUUGCUUAGAGUGUCUUGACUCUUCAGUUAGUGAUACAAAUGAGUGUCAACCAUUAUAUCUUGAUAUACAAGCAUUUUAUGAAAGCUUAAAUAUGAAGGUCGAACAGAAAAUUCCUUUACUUUUGGUUGAGAGACAAGCACUUAAUGAGGCCAUGGAUGGGGAGAGGAAUGGCCAUUAUCACAUGCCGGAGACACGAGGACUAUGCCUCUCUGAGGAGCAAACUAUCAGCACAGUUUUGAGACGGCCAAGAAUUGGGAUGGGGAACCGGGUGCCAGACAUGAGAACAGAACCAUACAAACUGACACGUCGCUGUGAGGUUACAGCUAUUCUCAUCUUAUAUGGCCUUCCUAGGUUGUUGACAGGAUCAAUCUUGGCUCACGAAAUGAUGCACGCAUGGCUGCGACUUCAAGGUUAUCGGACACUCAGUCAAGAUGUAGAAGAAGGAAUAUGUCAAGUUUUAGCUCACAUGUGGUUAAGAGCUCAAAUAGCUUCCAUAUUAAAUAGAAACACACCAUCCUCGUCAUCUGCUACAUCGUCAAGACAAGAAAAAAGAUCUCCAUUUGACAAGAAGCUUGCAGAGUUCUUUAAACAUCAGAUUGAAUCGGAUAUGUCACCUAUUUACGGAAAUGGUUUUAGAGCUGGCAAUCAGGCCGUACUUAAAUAUGGACUUCAAAGUACGUUGGAGCACAUUCGGUUGACGGGGACCUAUCCCUUCUAAAAAUGUGGAUCAUUUUUGGUUUCCACUAUUUAAUUUUUUCAAUAGCAAGGUCUAUAUUAUUUGAAUUCUUUUGUGAAGAUCAUAGAAACUAUACCGCUAUUAAAACUACAUUUGUAAUCUACUGUGUAGAGUUAGUCCAUAUGAUAAUAAAAUCGCCUAUUUUUUUCUC